UCCCUUGCCUUUGUAAUAAUUAUCUCUUUAAAAAAGAUUUCCUUUUUAUUAGUUAUUACCCUUCAGUUUUGCAUAUGUAUUCAUGGAUGCAAUGAAUGGGAGUGAAAUGUACAAUCUUUAGAGAUUCUGUAGCUCUGGGGUGAUUCUUCUUCAGUUGAUUCGAGACCCCAGAAGCAAAAAAAAUGUCGGAUGUGAGAAUGGCUGAUCCGAGCAGGUUGCAUUUGAAGAAGGAGCUGACUCAAAUCCGGAAAGCUGCCCGGGUUUUGCGAGAUCCAGGGACCACUUCUUCGUGGAAAUCGCCGAUCAAUCACUCUAGAUCUGUAGCAGCAGCAGGUGCAGGCUCGACUUCUACUUGUACUGCUUCGAGGAAUCAUUUAGGUAGUGUAAGUUUCAAUACGUCAAAUGGUAAUGCUUAUUUGGAUUUGUCUUUGUUACCCUUUAGAGUUGAAAGCAACAGUCAUCAUGGUCGUAGUGUUGCUAAUGGGAAUGCCAACGUGAGUGAGAAAGAUAAGAGGGGUUUCCUUUAUAAUUGGAGGAGUCAGAAAUCUUCAUCCGUGAAUGUGGAUGAUGACGAUGAGGAUGGGGAUGAUGGGGAUAAGUCUUCGUCUUGGAUUCAAUGUAGUGUGGAUGAAAAUAGCUUGAGCGACGCUAGGAAGUGUGGGGAUUCGAAGUGCGAUACCUGUUUAGGCGAGAGUCGAUCUGCGUCGGUGGUGUUCAGGUGUAGAGAUGCCAAAAGAAUGUUGGGGUUCAACAAGAAUAGUAAGAAGAAUAGUUCUAAUUUUGAUGGUUUUUCUAGAUAUGAACCGAAAAAGAAUGAUGUUAAUAGGUAUUCGGUUUACUCGAGGAAAUUACUCAAGGCUCAUCCUGCAUUGGCUUUAGGUUUAGGAAGGGAUGAGCCUGUUGAUCAAUCUGAUGACGCUGAAGAUUAUAGUAAUUCCGAGGAUUUCCGCAAGAUUUCGGGGGCAUCCCCACUGCUUCUCAAACUCAAGCGUAAGAACUGGUCACAUUCGUCUUCUAGAUUGUUGAGAACUGACAGAAAGGACGAUUCUUCUUAUUCCUAUAGUACUCCUGCGCUGUCAACUAGUUCUUAUAAGAAGUAUUUCAACUGCAAUCCAAGCGUUGUUGGCUCAUGGGAUGCGACCACAACUUCAUUGAAUGAUGAGUAUGACGAGGUGGAUGACCCUUUGGAUUUGCCAGGUCAGCAAGGAUGUGGGAUUCCUUGCUAUUGGCCAAAGAGGACCCCAAAGCAUAGAGGGGUUUAUCGGAGUUGUUAUUCUCCUUCUCUAUCUGAUACUUUAAGAAGGAAAGGAAGUAGCAUUCUCUGCAGUGGUCAAUCCAUGUACCAUAGACAUAGACGAUCAUUCUCGCUUUCCAAUAAGCGGAAAAUUUCUUUGAGAAGUGCUCAAGGUGUUCGUCCGCUGCUUAGCAAUAGUGCUGAUGGAAGAGGCAAGUCAUCCAUUGGAACCGGAUGUAGUGAUGAUGAGCUCUCCACAAAUUUUGGAGAGCGUGAUUUAGAGGCCCUCAAUAGAUUGGAUGGAAGGAGAUGGUCAUCGAGCUGUAGGAGUCAAGAUGGGUUAGAGAUUGUAGCUCUUAAUGGAGAACCAGAGGAGGAGGGUACACCAGAAAAUAUUAAGUGCUUAAGUCAGAAAUACAAACCAAUGUUCUUUGAUGAACUGAUUGGGCAAAAUAUUGUGGUACAAUCCCUUAUGAAUGCUGUUUCGAAGGGAAGAAUUGUCCCCUUUUAUCUUUUCCAAGGUCCCCGAGGGACUGGAAAAUCAUCAGCUGCCAGAAUUUUCUCUGCUGCUUUGAAUUGUCAGACUACCGAAGAUGCUAAGCCUUGUGGCUAUUGUACAGAAUGCACCGAGUUUGUUUCCGGGAAACACAAGGAGUUUUGGGAAUUUGAUACCACCAAUAAAAGAGGAAUUGAUAGAGUUAGGUACCUUUUGAAAAGCCUGUCAACAGGUCUCCUAUCAAGCUCAUCAUGUUACAAGGUUUUUGUUAUUGAUGAGUGUCAUUUGUUGCCCUCCAAAAUAUGGUUGGCAUUGCUAAAAUUCCAUGAAGAUCCUCCACCACGUCUCUUGUUCAUAUUCAUUACAACUGAUCUCGACAAUGUUCCACGUACUGUGCAAUCACGGUGUCAGAAGUAUCUCUUCAACAAAAUAAAAGAUGUUGAUAUCAUGGCAAGGUUGAGGAAGAUGUCUACCGAUGAGAAUCUUGAGCUUGAAUCGGAUGCAUUAGAUUUAAUUGUAUUGAAUGCAGAUGGUUCACUUCGAGAUGCAGAAACAAUGCUAGACCAGCUACGUUUGUUGGGUAAAAGAAUCACUGCAUCCCUUGUAAAUGAACUUGUAGGGGUUGUUUCAGAUGAGAAGUUAUUGGAACUUCUGGAAUUAGCAAUGUCAUCUGACACGACAGAAACAGUAAAAAGAGCUAGAGAAUUGAUGGAAUCGGGGGUUGAUCCGAUGAUUUUGAUCUCUCAAUUGGCCAGCCUUAUUAUGGACAUCAUUGCUGGAACAUACAAUAUUACUGAUUCUAAGUACAGCAGCUCACACUUUGGUGGAAGAGCUUUGACUGAAGCAGAAGUGGAGAGAUUAAAAGAUGCUUUAAAGCUUCUUUCCGAAGCUGAGAAACAACUAAGGGUUUCAAGUGAACGCGCAACAUGGUUUACAGCUGCUCUGUUGCAGCUUGGUUCAUUGCCUUCGCCAGAUCUAACUCAGUUAGGCAGCAGCCGGAGGCAGAGCUCCAAGACAACUGAGGAUGAACUGCAAAGCAUUUCAAGGGAAGCUAUAGCUUACAAGCUGAAGUCCAGAACUCAUUGUGUGCCUUGGAGAUCAACUUCUGCAUCCUUACACAAAUCUGUGAAUGGAAAUUCCAAUCCUCAGGGAGAAUUAGUGUCAAGGAUUGAUGGUUAUAGUUCCAAUUCCAGAACUUCAUACGGUCAAUAUAUGGAUGGCGGGGCAUUUCCUUCUGCACAUGACAAUAAUUUGAAUGGAAGUAUGAUACUUGCCUGCAGAAAUUCUGAAAAAUUAGAUGACAUCUGGGCAAAAUGUAUUAACAAGUGUCACUCAAAGACAUUGAGACAGCUGCUACAUGCACAUGGGAGGCUUUUGUCUCUUUCUGAAAAGGAAGGUGUUCUAAUUGCCUAUCUCGCAUUUGCGGAUGGAGAUAUCAAGUCUAGAGCUGAGAGGUUUUUAAGCAGUAUUACAAACUCUAUUGAACUAGUGAUGAGACGUAAUGUAGAAGUUCGAAUAAUUCUCUUGGCUGACGUUGGGGUUUCUCUAAAUCAUACAAAUCCAGCUGAGAUGCCGGAAAGUCUGCAGCAGGUCGAAACUGCAUCCGGAAUGGGGAGUGAUAGAAAAGCCAUUCCUAAGAAUGUGCUAGAUGGUUUAUCUAGUUUAGACUUGCAUCGGGAUUUGCUUAAAGCAUCCAAGGGAAGUUUUAGUGAUUUGGAAGGUAAACUGAGAGGAGUACAAGAUUAUUCUAAUUAUUCAUCACAAUCUAUGGUGAGAACACCUGAGUUCCUAGCUGAAGGCAAAGAUGACCUUGAUAGCUCAAAGGAGAGUAGGCAAGAGAUUCCAAUGCAGAGAAUUGAAUCCAUUAUACGUGAGCAAAGGUUAGAAACCGCCUGGUUACAAGCUGCUGAAAAAGGCACUCCUGGAUCAUUAAGUCAGUUGAAGCCCGAAAAGAAUCAGGUUCUGCCUCAAGAGGUGUAUCGUCAAAGUAAUUUGGGAUCAGUGAAUUCGUUGGCAUUCUCGUCUCAGCAACGGGAUGAGGAACUAAACCGGGAGCUUAAAAAUUUGAAAACAAAUGUCGGACAAGAGUUUCAGAAGGACCAGAUAGGUAGAAGGGAUGAUUAUUAUCCCAAGUCUCCCAGCUUGCUGCACAAUAGCAACUUAAGCAAAGAGAACCUUGGAUAUGAAUCAGGGUCAGGAGCCAGAGGAUGCAGUGGGAUUUUCUGUUGGAACACCUCAAAGCCUCCUAAAAGGGCGAAGGUAAAGGGAACACCUGUUCGAUCUAGCAGAACAAGACAAUUUUCAUUGUUUGGCGAGUGCGGGAAAUCAAAGAAAAUACAAAACAAAAGUAGAAGGUUGCGAGGAGGAAAUGGAUGCCCAAGGGAGGAACAAGGCGGUGUUUCGCGCCAAAUUGAAUGCACAAAAGAAGGAAAAGCGCAUGGAUAAUCCCCUUAUCAAGUACAAUGAAUCUGACCAACCUGUCUGCCGGGUCUGUGAUGUUGUUUUGAAAUCUGUAUCCCAUUGGGAUGCACACCAAGCUUCUCGUAAACAUCAUGAGCUAAGCGUACUCAGGCUAACAAUACACAAUCUGGGCUGCCUUCAGGUUUUUUUUAUAAUCAUGGGACAGAGAAGGGAAAAUCUUAUCCUGAUUCAAACAAAAAGCCUGGAAUUUCAGCGCAAACUCGUGUAAAGGAGUCUUU